AUGUCGACUUCAGACAACAAGACAUUGAAGGACAUCAUCAACAGCACUCCAUUUCACAUACUCUUCAACGGAAGUCCAAGUGUGCAGACAACGUCUCUGUCUUCCACCGACGUUGCGCCACAGGCAGCCAAUAGCCCGAUAUACGAUGUACCAUUAGCAUCAAUUAGGGCCCAUGCAAAAUUGUCAAAGAGACUUUUGUUUUGCAUCGACGUCCAUAACACCGUCCCGGAUACCGUCAGCCUUGGAUACUACAUCUCCCUGACAAGUGAGGCAAGUGAUGGCCAAGUCCCCGCCAUCAUCAAAAUCAGCUACAUCUCAAAAUAUCGGCCCCCGGACCCGAACUCAGUUUCCUCCGGGCAGAGCGUGUCCCCGGCACAAGCAAAUGACUCUGACAAUAAUGACCAAGGUGCCGGAGCCGCUGGAGACGGAACAGCCGUGACUCAGUCCGUAAAUAUCGAUACGUCAGGCAUGGUGGCAGGCUCUGACAUAAUCUCAACCCAUGUCGCUACCAUGACGGAGUACCAGUGGCAUAUCGUCCUUGUCACAAACUCGCUUCUAAACGGCUUUACAUAUGAUGGAAUUUCGCAUGUCCUGCGGAGAGCCCGAGAUCCUGCAUUCAAGCUAAAGAGGUCUUACCCUGAUCCGUAUGGGAGUCCUUCUGGAACCAGCAAUGACACAGAUUCAGACAGUUCUGGAGCCUCUACUAGUGCUCAAACGCUUUACUGUAUCCCAUCUUUUCAAGUCGACGAUGAGUCAUCAGUUUCCAUCACCGAGAUCAAGUCGGAGCUCCAGAUGUCGAUGGCAAUGAACGCAUUUUCCUCUCUAAGUGUGCAGGCAGCCGCCUCCGGUGGAAUAGACGGCAUCACAGGCGGCGCGUCCGGCUCAGGCUCAUCGUCGUCCGGAAAUUCGUCAAGCUCGGUGCAAGGCAAGGCAAUGGACUCCCUUCACGCUUCAUAUAAUAGUACAAGGGACUCGAGCACGCUAGUUGCAAACGACAUGGAUGCCAAAAAGGAUUCUAUGAAACUUGCCGCCGGUGCCAACUUUGCAUGCCCUUUCGGAUCCGCGUCGGUAUCCGUUUCAGACUCGAAAGGGUCGAGUUCCCAAUCUAGUCAACGCAGCGAACAAGGCCAGGAGGCGCUCACGUGGGAGGCACAGGGGGGAGAAACCCUGCUCGGUUCAAAGUAG